AUGCAGACCCUACGAAACCUCUACAAGAAGGGCGAACCGAUCACCAUGCUGACUGCAUACGAUUUUCCGAGUGCGCACGUCGCCGAGGCCGCCGGCAUGGACAUGAUUCUCGUCGGUGACAGCUUGGCAAUGGUCACCCUGGGCAUGCAGGACACCAGCGAGGUGACGCUGGACGAUAUGUUGCUGCACUGUCGCAGCGUUGCCCGGGCAGCUCAGAGCGCUUUCACGGUUUCUGAUCUGCCCAUGGGCUCGUACGAGGUGUCACCUGAACAAGCUCUUCAAUCCGCUAUUCGAAUCAUCAAAGAGGGGCGAGUGCAGGGAAUCAAGCUCGAAGGAGGGGAGGAGAUGGCUCCCGCUAUCAAGCGCAUAACAACUGCUGGAAUUCCGGUCGUAGGGCACAUCGGUCUCACGCCCCAGCGCCAAAACGCCCUUGGUGGAUUUCGUGUCCAAGGGAAAUCAACUGCGGGCGCACUAAAGUUGCUCAAGGAUGCGCUAGCCGUACAAGAAGCAGGUGCCUUUAUGAUCGUCAUCGAGGCAGUACCUGCGGAGAUCGCGAAGAUUGUCACAGAGAAAUUGAGUGUCCCUACCAUCGGUAUUGGCGCUGGCAACGGUUGCUCUGGGCAGGUCCUCGUUCAGGUCGACAUGGCCGGGAAUUUCCCGCCUGGUCGUUUCUUACCCAAGUUCGUCAAGCAGUAUGCCAAUGUCUGGGACGAGGCACUGCGCGCCAUCCAGCAAUAUCGUGAGGAGGUGAAGAGCCGGGCAUACCCCGCAGAGCAGCACACAUAUCCCAUGCCGGAAGAGGAACUAGUUGAGUUCCGGAAGGCCGUUGAUGAGAUGCCCGAGAAGAAGUGA